AAAUAAUAGUAAUGGCAGAAAUAGCUCAAGAUUUCGCAGGGGAAUCGUGCCAGACCGACAUCUUAGGUGAGAUAAAGGACAUUGACAGGACUGGUCAGGACCCAGAAGAUAUUGCAGAGGAGCUGGCUUAUUCUAGCAGCAUACCAGCCCCUCCAUAUUCAUUCCUUGACUCUAAAAAGUAUGAUAAAAAGGCUCCACCUCCUCUGUAUAUCAGAUUUGAAGAUUUGAACAUUCCAAAGCCAGUUGAAAAGGACGAAAUAUUGCAAAGUUUCUUUGUUAACGAGAGGGGUUACCUAGAAUGCAGUGAUGAGAAAAUUAAGGAAGCCAAUAAAGGAGUGAUCCCCUUCAUUUUGAAAGAAUUGGCUAAGAAUCUCUUAACUGGGAAAGGGAUUGUAGCUAUCUCUCUUCCUGUUAGAAUCUUCCAGCCAAAAUCAUUACUGGAGAGGAUACUUGACGCAUGCAGUUUUGUCCCCAUAUUCUUCAAGAAAGCAUGAGAAACAACAGAUGAACUGUUAAGAAUGAAAUAUAUCCUAGCUUUUAUUGUGAGUGGAAUGUAUGUAUCUGCUGAUUUAAGAAAACCUUUUAACCCAAUUUUGGGCGAAACAUUAGAAGGCUACUUUAAAGAUGGCUCAAAAAUAUAUGUUGAACACAUUAGUCAUCAUCCUCCUAUUUCAAGCUACUUAAUUGAAGGACCACCAGAGUAUGCGUACAGGAUGUAUGGGUCUGUCGAAUUCAAAGCAAAUGUGAAAAAUAAGGGAAAUGUAAUCAACAUAUUUUUCGAAGGAGCGAAUUACGUAGAAUUCCCAGAUAAACACAAAAUAGAGAUUCACUACCCAACCACCAGAGUCAGCGGACUCGUCUGGGGUGAGAGGACACUUAACAUCGAUGGAACCGGAGUCAUAAUCGACCACAAGAACGGCACCAAAGGAGUCGUGGUCUUCCACCCUAGCAAGCCGAGGCAUGACUUCACAGUGCUUCCGACACACUUCGAAGGAGUACUUUACAAGCAAGAGGUUGGGGUUGAGCAGAAGAAAGAAAUUGCAUCUUUAAAAGACAUUGCAGACAUUGACGAAGAGAUAUGAGAACUCCAUGGCAAUGUCCUUGGAGAGCUCGUAAUUGAUGGGGAAAUCUUUUGGGAGUUGGAUAAGUUCACUCCCUACAGAUACUGUCCAUGCCCAUGGGUUCUCCCAUCCGACUCUAGGUACAGAGAAGAUCUUCUAUGGCUUCAGUAUGACAACCAAAAAUACUCUCAAGAGUGGAAGUGUAAACUUGAAGUGCAACAAAGGCAUGACAAAAAGAUGAGAGUUGAAGGGGAGAAGAAGCGGGAAAAAUUGCGUAAGAAACUACAAAAGAAAAAUACCAAAAAGGGCUACUUCUCAUCUCUAUUCGGAUAAAUUUAGUAUUUAAAUUAGGUGAAUUA